AUGUUGGAUAACCUCAUACCCAACGACACUAUAGCCCCAAAAGGUGAUGCUAAUCUGAAUGUCGCCGAGGUGGAGGCUACUAGUGAAGAUUUACCGAGGCAAGCACAGGAACUGGUUGAUCGGAUCCGCAUGAAAGGGCCGUCAUCUAUAUGCGUGGAUGAAAAUGCUCGUAAAAAGUGGAAAAUGAUAGCCAUCUUUGCGGGGCUUCACGAUCUAGGUUAUCUCACAUGUUACAACAAUAGCAAAAAGGAGCCCACUACGGAGUGGAAUUUCAGAAUACAUUUCGAGGAGGCACUAGCCAUUCUUCGCUAUAAGAUGAAAAAUACAAUCGUUGUGCUUGUUCCAGUCAUUAAGCCUCAGGUCCUUGUAGGAGCCCGAUACAAGCUUGAUGGUAUAACAGUGCCAUGUUGGAAAGGCAAAUCUUCAACAAUUGUUCGAGAAGACAGAGUGCAUUGGUUCAACAGGAUGCUUGAAAAGGUUCAGUUUGAAAGAAAGUUUGAAACGAAAAAUUUUGCUGUUGUCGUGCGACCAUACACAAACAACAUCGUGGACGUCAUCCGAGUGAAGGAUGCGGUGGCGGAGGAUGCGUUUUAUGCGGAAGACCACUUUCACUUUAGCAAGUACGGAAAUGCUUUGUUUGCGACAUACCUAUGGAAUUCUCUAUUUGAUCCUGUUGGUAGGAAGAGCACUAUUAGGAAUCUUACCGACGCUGCCGUUUUAAAAUGCCCUCCCAAGGAAAUCCCAUACAUACGCACACUCGGGAACAGCUUCUGAGAAUGUCGCUUGUCUAGUGGACUUUGAGAGGCUGCAGAAGACGAAUCCUCAAAUGUUGCAGUUUGAUGUCUUCCCAUUGCUCUACGGACAUGAUUUGUUGUAUUGUUGGAGCAUACAUUUCUUACUGAGGCAAUGUAGGCAAAGUAUGACUUAUCUCUCUACUUCCUUU